AUGGCCGACUGGGCUGGGUUUUCGGAAGACGAAGUAAGAAAAAUGAAGCGUUUGGCAUCCAGAAGUACAAAUGCACAAAACACUGGUAGAGCUAUCAAGGAAUUACCAAACAGAGAAAACGUAUCUUCACAAAACAAUUCCAGAAAACUUGUUAAUGCUGAUAGACAAAUGGCAAAGGAUGACCAGAGACAUCUUAGUGAAGAAACACUGGCUACACCAAAAGCAAAUCUACAGCAGCCUCAGACUGCCAGCAUCUCUGAUUCAAAACAAAACCUUCAGGAUAAAGAGAAGGAAGGGAAAGAAAAUGUGGAAACUGCGGAUGAGGUCAUAGAUCUUGAUGACCAGGAAGCAUUUAGUCGAGGUCUAGUCUCCCUAGAAAAGUUCCGUGAUCAACAAAAGCGGAUAGAAGAGGCAAAUAAACAGAAGAAAGCAUUGCUUGCUAAGACUAUAACGGAGAGGCAAAAGGCUGCCAAAAAAGAAACUCACAAGUUAGAGCAUAUUCAACGAGAGUUGUCGAAAUUGGACCACUUGUUGACUGCCGAUGUCCAGGUCAUACGAGGACGUAUAGAGGAUGCUAGUCGCGUCUUCAUGGAUGCACAGAAAAGAUUUGAGAAAGCAGAGGCUGAAUAUGUUACUGCCAAGAUGGAAUUACAUAAUACACUGGAAUUGAAGGAGCAACUUACCGAACAUCUGUACACCAUUAUCCACCAGAAUGAAGUUCGCAAGGCGCGGAAACUUGCUGAGCUCAUGAAAAACCUGGAAAUGGAGGCUGAAGAGCAGGAGGUUUCACUUCCUGAAUUACCUCCCUUUACAUCAUUUCAGCCAACAGACAUACUUCUCUCCCCAUCGACCAGUAAGCAGCAUUUAACACUUAAGGAAAGACCAAGAAUUUCUAGUCAAUCUGGAGAUGGUGGAAGUGGAAAUCCCCCUGAACAUUUGUUAAGCAAUAAGGAAGGAGAUGCAUCGAAUGAAGCCAGUGCAAGUUCAGGAAAAUGUGAGACAAGAAACAAUCAGGGUGCAGAGGUUAACACUGGAAUCAAAUCAGAAGCGGAAGAUAUUUCAUUGGUCAAUCAAUCUGAGAUAGGAGAUAAACAGAGCUCAUCUCUGAAAAACAAACUUACUGAAAAUGCAAACACUGAGUUAAAUUCUGGUACUAGUGGUUCAGAAAGUACAUGUAAAUCUACCAAAAGCAUGGAAUCUCAUACUGUGACAGCUGGUUCUAUGAACACAGCAGUCUCAAAUGUAAAAUCCACUGGAAAGGUGAUAGCUGAACCUCCGGAGUCGGGGAAAACAGAAAAUAAGUUACCGGUAGAUGAUGUCAAAACUAUUGGUGAUAAUGCAUCAAGCCAAAAUGAUAGUGGUAUAUGUCUGCAGUCACAUAACAGUACACUACAAGUGGACAGUACUCCGACUGCUGUACAUACAAAAACUGCUUGGGACUUUACUGGGGAUCUAAGAUAAUACAUGCAUGAGUAGUCUAUGUAAUAUGACUUACAACAUAAUAUUAAAUGAUAAUAUAUUUGUGGGUUGUUUAUCUAUAUAGAUACAUGGUUUGAAUAUGAGCAAUUCAAUACAUUUUGCUUUUGACAUAUGUAUUACACUGUGUACUUAAUAUAAUAUUCAAUGAAAUUAAUGUACAUUAUUCUUGGAUUUUUUUUUGUACGUUAGAAAAUACAUUUUUGUUAUUAUGCUUUUUAUGUCACCUAUGUAGCAUUGCAGACAUCCAGGGAUCAUGUUGUCUGGAUUGUCUGCGUUCUCAUGUGGUCAAACUGUGUCUGAGCCAUCACACUUUCAUUUACCCUCUUUAGAUUUCGAAAUUCUGAAAUUCAACCUUUACCAAACCUAGUCACUCUGUUUAUUACUGAGCUCACUCAUCAGCAAGAUUACCCUUUAAUUUAUAAAUUCUAACCAAAUUCACUGUGUCAACUCCCUUAACUUUUCUUAUGAGAGUUUCUUAUCAAAUCUUUACCAAACUAGGCUACAAUGUUAAUGUAAGAUCAUAUCUCAACUGAUACUGAUAUAUAUAUCUCAGAUGUUAAGACCCUUUAUUUGUCGAAUGUUUAUACCAAUUUCACAUUAUCCACUCUCUUUCUUAAGCAUGACUUAUCCAAUCUUCACCAAUUUGGGUUGCAAUGUUUAUGGGCACAAUAUCUUGAUGGAGUUUGUUCAAGCCAGUUUGCAACAUCAACUGUGGAGUUAUGGCCCAUGAAUCGUCAAAAUUUGACCAAAUUCACUUGGACUGUCCUCUCAUACUGGAACAUUUCUUAUCCAAUUUUAUCCAAAAUGACAUUUGAAAUGGGGCUUAUAUAUUGCUUUUAUAAACAAGAAGGUCAUCUCAUUAUUUUUUCUAGGGUUACAUCCAAUGAUAUUGGCAAAACCUCACCAAAUUAACUUUGUUACACCAUGCCAUCAGAACCCUGAUUUGACUGUAUCCCUUGACCAAGCAAUGUUGGUUUGACUUAGCAAAUAAUAAUAACUAUGAUUUUUUUAAUGUUUUACUUUCAUCCUUUUAUGAGAAAUAUGGUCCCAAUGACUCAAAAGAUCUGAAGUCUCUUAUUAAAGGAUUAAGCUAACCUCACUAUUUUUGUUCUUGUAUAAUUUGUGUAAUAUUUAUUUUUGUACGAGGUUUAUAACUUAGAUAGGAAUUAUCUAUAUGAUAGUUAAAAUAAACCAUUUUUCAUUUAUCAAAAUCUUAUUUAAGUAUGUAUUUUGGCUAAUUGGAAUGAGCUACUUGUUAAGCUUAAGAAGUUUUUAGACAUUCGGGCAAAUCUGCAUUGCCUAUGGCACUCAAAAAAUCUGUUGCUUCAAUAAUGGUUGGCACUCCCGAGGUGACAUAACCAAUUUAUGUAAAUUCUACUUUAAAAUGUGAUCAAAUAUUGAAAGUUGUUUAAGGUGACUCAUGUACAAUAAUUGAUCUUCACUGUAUUUAAAACAUAUAAUGAUAUCCAAAUCUGCAUACAUGUACAUGUUUGUUGUUUUGUCUAUGCAUUGCUAGAAAUUGCAGUAUGAUCCGUCCUGAUGUUUUCAUUUAAACUUGAUUUAUUUGUCAUUGAUUGCAUAGAAUUUUAUAUUAACUUUUGCUAUGUCACUUGUGUUGGUAUGCUGUUGCGUGAGAAUGUGCUCUUGUGUUGUGGGUGAAACCAGAAUGUCCGAAGAAAACCCAUUUGUGCGGCUUAGUCACCACAAACCAGACUGAUGUACACUGGACAAUCUGUUGUUUUAAGGAAUACUGUUCCCAGAAUUAUGUAAAUUCAUGUUUUGUGUUAAUAAACAACAUUUACAUAUAAAUGUAGAAAUAUUUUUAAAUAUUGUCAUAAUUACUAUGCAUAAAAGAAGCUUAUUCCAUCAAUCUGUGAUUUAAUAAUUCAACUAUGCAAGUUCCUAAAUGGACAUAAUUAUGCACUGGUUAAUGACUUUUUAGAUCAGGAGCAUAACUUUUCAAUGUGAAAUUUCAUUUGAAAAUAUUCAGUAUUUCUCGAGAUACUAGUAUUCAAGAAAUACCUCCAUUUCCAUGGAAAAAGGGGUCCCUUUAAUACCAGUAUGUAUUUAAUACAAAUUUAAUUAUAACAAUUUAUGUAAUUAUGUCUAUUUUUGAAGACUAAAAAGAGUUUAAAUAUUCAGUUGAUAACAUUGUUUUUUUAUUUCACUGGAAAUGCAGGUUAUUACAUGAUUCUGAACUCUUAGAGAUUUACCAUACUAUUCCUGUAUAUACAUCAUGUGCUGUUUAGGACAUAAUUUAUAUUUAUUCGAACCUUUAUAUUUUAUGUAAAUAAGUAAUCAUAAAAAGAUUUGCUAAAUGAUUUAAAUUUUUAGAAUCAAAUUUUGUAAUUUAUCUGCACAACAUUAAAUUAAACUUCUUUUUAUUAAAGUGUUCGGUGAUUUCAGAAUUUAAUUAUGUUUAGGAAAUGAAGCUUCUCAUUCACCAUCAUGAUGAUACUAUGCGUACCACAGACUUAUCAUUAUCAAAUCUCUGAAAAAUGAGAAUGGGAAAUGUUUGAACACUCUGAGUUUAGAAUGUUAAAUAUAAGUUAUGGUUUGUCAUUUAACAGUUAUCACAAAUAAGGUUCUUGGGAAAUGUUUGAACACUCUGAGUUUAGAAUGUUAAAUAAGUUAUGGUUUGUCAUUUAACAGUUAACACAAAUAAGGUUCUUGGGAAAUGUUUGAACACUCUGAGUUUAGAAUGUUAAAUAAGUUAUGGUUUGUCAUUUAACAGUUAACACAAAUAAGGUUCUUGGGAAAUGUUUGAACACUCUGAGUUUAGAAUGUUAAAUAAGUUAUGGUUUGUCAUUUAACAGUUAUCACAAAUAAGGUUCUUGGGAAAUGUUUGAACACUCUGAGUUUAGAAUGUUAAAUAAGUUAUGGUUUGUCAUUUAACAGUUAUCACAAAUAAGGUUCUUUUUCCUUUAAAAGUGGCAUAAUAGGUUAUUUUACAUUCAAUUUCAAUUCAAAUAAACUUAAAUACAAGUUACAAUAACUGAAUUUAUAUUUAGUGUUUUAGUAAUUCAUUUUUGAAUAUUUUUAAUUUAAUAGCACUUUUAAAUGAAGAUAUAUGUGACCACAUUCCUGCACACCGAAGGUGGCACAAAAAUCCUACAGAUGAAUAUAUUCAUUAGGUUGAAGAAACAAGAUGUGGCUGUAAUGUUACUGUUAGAUUUUGAUAAUACUGAAAAAAAUGUUUCAUACUGAAAUUCUAAUAUUCUCUGAUGAGUGAUUGCAAUAUAUACUGUUAUCCUUAUGUUUUCAACUUAAAAGUCCUAAUGUCACAAAUUCAUGAAAAAAUAGCAUGAAAAUUAGUGAGAUCAUGUAAUUCUUGUGUAUUCUUACAUUAUUUUUGUAAUUCACAGUAUUUUAUAUGUGCUAUUAGUUUGUAUACAGUUUGUAUACAGCUGGGACUUAAUAAAGUGUUGAUAAAGGUUA